GGUAUGAUCGCCGAACCUCAUCCCUCGCCGGGGCAGAGGAGCGCGGCGCAGCGCGGAGUAUGGUGUCGUAAAACCGGACAGAGACGCAUCAUCUAUCUUCUCCGGAGGAACCCUGAGGACCAUCACAGCUGCUCCUCCACAGAUGACAAGGAGGCAGCGACGCAGAGCCAUCCAGUGAUCACACCGGGGCGCGAUGGAGAGCAAGGCUGUACUUCGCUGUAAAAUCGUGGUGGUCGGGGAUUCACAGUGUGGGAAGACGGCUCUCCUUAAUGUUUUUGCCAAAGACUCGUAUCCAGAGAACUAUGUUCCCACCGUGUUUGAGAACUACACAGCCAGCUUCGAGAUCGACAAGCAGAGGAUCGAGCUGAACAUGUGGGACACUUCAGGUUCGGCGUACUACGACAACGUGCGGCCGCUGGCGUAUCCCGACUCCGACGCCGUGCUCAUCUGCUUCGACAUCAGCCGUCCGGAGACCCUGGACAGCGUGGUGAAAAAGUGGCAAGGCGAGAGACAGGAGUUCUGCCCCAAUGCCAAAGUGGUCCUGGUUGGCUGCAAGCUGGACAUGAGGACGGACGUCAGCGUCAUGAGGGAGCUUUCCAAACACAGACUGAUUCCUGUUACCCACGAGCAGGGCACCGGUUUGGCGAGGCAGAUCGGCGCCGUGGCCUACACCGAAUGCACCUCGAAGUUCUCCGAGAACAGCGUCCGCGACGUGUUCCACGUCACCACGCUGGCCUCCGUGUCCAACAUCCAUCGGCCUCAGCUCAAACGCGCCGCCACACGUCGCCCCCACAAGCGGAUCUCGCAGCAGCCGCCUCGGACUGAGAUUAACGAGCACCCGCCUGCCAUCAGGAAGGACCGAGCCAAAAGCUGCGUGCUCAUGUAGCACCAGAACCCGCCUGUGACCCGAUCUGCGUCUGCAGACGGACACGAGCUCCACUGCACAUGAACUUUUAUAAUUUAUCAGUGAAUUCUUGUCAGAUUUUUUGCACAGCAGCAAGAGAAAUAUGGCGAAAAAUUUUGAAUGCAGUCCCGUGGAGUUCUUAGAAGGAUUUUUUUUAUUUUUUUGUCAAUUUUUUGCAAAGCGCUGCUUGGUUUUUUUUCUUUGUGGCUGUGCUAUCAACCCGUGGAGGCCGACGUAGCGGCGGAAACUAUUUUACUUUAAAAGCUUUUACAUGAAAAAUAAGGACAGAAACAGGCUAGUUUGGAAAUAAAAAUCACAAAAAAGUGAGCAGGGGGGGAAUAAAAGAAUAGUUUCAUAUUUGAAAUCCUGCUUUUGUCUUCAUAUGAAAGCACAAUAUGAUGCAAGAAUCUGUACAUAUUAAAGAAUGACGUCUUCUGUUUAACCUCGUCUUUUAAACUGAAAAACUGGGCAGAAAUAAAACUAAAGCCUCGUGAGCUGAUAUGACAUUCAUUUCCUUAAACCACAAGUGCUUUAAUAUGGAAAAUUGCUCAUUAUGUAACCUGAAGUGUUGUGUACUUUUUUUUUUCUCCAAUUACCAAGGCUAGUGGGUCUAGAAAGGAUUUAAGAGGAUGCAUAUUAUGUUGUACCUGCAGCUAUGAAAUAAAAAAACAAAAACCUUGG